AUGUUCAAAAGUUUUUUCGAACUUCUAUAUUCUACUCGAACCGAUAUUGAAUUUUUUGUUGGAGGCCCUGGAACCAAUGAAAAACUGAAGCAAAAGGAACCAACAUGGUUCUACAUAAAUUCAAAAAAUUUAUCAUUGGAUUUCAAAGUUGAGAUAUUCUCAAGUAAGUAGAAAAUCUCUGGUGAAUGUUAAUAGUAUCCCAUUUUUUCAGCAAAAACUAAGAAACAAGUGCCAGUAAUGAUGGAAGUUCUUCCACAAUAUAAUGUGGUCGUCGUAUUUUACACAAAUGAAAGUACGAAAAGUGAUGAGCUAGCAAUUUCAGUGGAACGUGGUGCGAUUCGCAGAAAGUUUUUGGUAGAAAUUGAAGUAUGUUUAAUUAAUUUCCUAGAUAUUCGUGUGCAAAUUUCUGUUCCUUGUGUAACAUUCUCAUAAUAAAUGUCUUUUGGUUUCAGGCAAAGGCACCAAUUGAUAAAACAGAUAAGCAAGAACCAAAUCAAUUGCAAACUCUCGAUGUGGCAAGCAUUCAGAAUGUGAGAGAAAUAAUAAUUUGUGUUAAUUUUCGAAAUGAAUUUGAGUUUUUCAGAAUUCAGUAUUAUCCGAUCGGACUUGGCUGUUUCCGGAUGAAGAUGAUAUUUUGGAUGCUGAUGACUCUAUGUCAUCAACUAAGUAAGUUAAUUAGGCAAAGGUGGGGCCCAAAAGUGUUGCCCAUUCAGAAAUAAGCCAGGGAAUUCAUUGGGAUCACAUAUAUUGAGAACUGAAGUUCACUCUUCCUAUCAAUCCCACAGGAUUGACAUAUGUACUUUGCCAGCGAUAUUCCUGACAGGUUCAAAUGGAAUUUCAGAAGAAAGAUCAUAAAUUUAUUACUGGUCCAACUGGGAACUCACAAGGGACUCACCGAAUAAACCUUUUCUGUAACUUUUGAAACUUGAUUUUCAGAACUCCUACUCCUACACUUGAUGAUUCGAAAACAUGCGAAAUUCACAAGGUUAGUUUUUUUCCAUACGAAGUUCAUAAUCAUAAUGACUUUAUUCAGAAACAAUUGGAGUUAUUGACAAUUUUAGCAGAGUUCGAAAUCAUCGAAAAUGCUAAAAUUUUCGAACUCUGUGAAAAUGAACCACCGAACUCAUAUAUUCCAACUCGAUUAUACACUUAUUUGGAUGAAUGGACUCAAAAAUUGGAUGAACAUCAAAUUAACACGGUUAUCAACAAAAUUGCUGAAAUCUACCAUCUAAAAGCCGAUAAUAUAAAAUUGACAAUGAAGCGCAAAAAAGAGAAUGAUUGA